UCAUCUCGCUUCUCCUUGGAGAACGCCCGAGAGGUAGAAGGAUCAAACCUAUAGAAUUUUGCGCUCCCAAUGUACCCCAUCGGACCAGUACCUCCAGAGUUCAAGAGCGUAUACAGGCUGUUCCUGAGGAGUCUUCUCCGUUCUGUCGGUAACCAAUACGGCCCGUUUUCUAAUCUAAGAAGGCUCUACAGACCUCUGUUUCGAACUGCGGCGCGGAAUAUCAUCAAGUUGGAUGAUGCGGAGCGCGAAGCGCAACACGCGAACCUACGUAUUUGGCUGCAGACAUGGGAUAGACGAGUCGACGGCACUCUUGCCCUUCUGGCCAAUGCGAGCCAGACUUAUGGUCUUCCAUCGACUCUUCUGAGCAACCUGGCCCUCGUGCACCUACACGUCAAGCUGCCGUUCCUGCCACUACACCGCCGCAGCACUUGGAACUCGCAUCAGGCCCAGGAUGGUACAAACUACUUAGUACCUGACUACCGCCCAGGGACAAGGGAAACCAACAGAAGGCUGCAAGAGCUGAGGUGGAGGCAAAUAGACGAAGAUGUAUACAACCCCGUGGGCGAAGCCAUCAAGCUUGCGGAAGGCCGAAAUAACUUGACUUUGGGUAGAGUCUUCCGGACUGCGUAUGUCCCAUGAGGCGUGAUGAGUAGACAGGCUACUUCUUUGGUGAAGUCAUAUUCCACAGCGGCGGCGACAGGCUAUCAUUGGCCGCCUUGUGUCAAUGCACAGCUCUGAUAGGCUUCUCCAAAUACAUGCCGUUGGUUGCUAUCGAACCCUUCGCCUUUCUGGAUGUGAUCGCUGGUUAUACCACCACCGAGCUAAAAUACCGCCACGGUCUAUCAGUCUGCAUGUGUUCACCAUGCUCAGAGCUGUCAUGUUGGUUACUUCUUUGAUUGAUGUACCAUUGCUCUCAUCCAUCAUAGAAAGUUUUCCCAGUGUCG